AUGAUUAAAUUUCAGUUAAUUUGGGCCGCAGUAGUCGCCAGCCAUAUUUGCUUGGCAACUCCCGUGCCGGACCCGGAUCCUAUCCACAGAACUCAUGUGAAGAUUCACGUUCCAUAUGAAGUCCACACCGUGCAUCAUCAUCAUGUCGAGAAAGUUCCGAUUAUAAAAGAAGUGCCUAUCGUCAAAGAAGUACCAAUUUUCCACGAGGUACCAGUGGUAAAAACAGUGCCUAUCUAUAACACUGUGCACGUACCACUCAUUAAGACUGUUGCGAUAGAAAAGCCAGUUUUCAUACCUUACAAAGAACAUCUAGGCCUAUAUCACUGA